AUGAUCAUGGUCUUUAUGAACUUUCUACUUACACUGGCAAGUGCCACUGCCGUAUCAAGUCACGCAGUGGAUAUCCUCCAAUUGGAGACCACAAUCGGAUCUGUUUAUGGUAUAAUUAACAGCUCAACCCCGCACGUCGCUCAAUACCUCGGCAUACCAUUUGCAGAACCUUCACUUGGUGACGUGAGAUUCAAACCGCCUCAGCAAAAAUCUCGUGGGCAGGCGAUCUUCGCCAACAAAACCGGUCCUUCAUGUCCACAGCACCUUCUGAACAAACAGAAUGCUCCAUCUGUCUAUACAUAUGACGCGCCUUGUUUACAACCGUAUGGUGCUAUCGACGAAGACUGUCUCACACUGAAUGUGUGGACUCCACUGAAGAAGAGCAAGGAGCCACUCCCGGUGCUGAUUUGGGUCUUCGGUGGAGGUUUCUAUGAAGGAGGCUUGUUGACUAAUGGCUUUGAUUCGAGUAAUUGGAUUCAACGCACAGAGUCUCAUACAGUUGUUGCAUUGAACUAUCGCAAUAACAUCUUCGCGAUUGGCGUCGAAUGGGUCCGAGAUAACAUCGCAGCUUUCGGUGGUGAUACCUUGCGCAUGGUGAUGUGGGGACAAAGCUCCGGAGCCGCAAGCUGCGAUUUCUAUAACUAUGCAUACCCCGAUGAUCCUAUUGUUUCCGGAUUCAUUCUUCAUCCGGGUAACGCCUUGGAUACUGGAGUGAACAAUGAUCUAACACAUACCAACUUCACUUUCAUUGCAGAGUACUUUGGGCGUGUGGAUCUCUCCAGAUGUCUGCAGAAAGUCCACUGGAAAAACAUAAUCGAUCUUUAUGAAAGCUACAAUCUAAAUCAUAGCACCGGACAGCUCAAGUGGACUACUGUCAUUGACAAUAUCGCCAAGUUUGAGAAUCAUACGAAACGAACUCUAGCUGGAAAGUACAGUGCCAACGCAAAUGAAGAAGCUUCCCUCAUAACAUGGCCCGGUCCCGCUGGUCCUAACAUGACCUACAUACACAUAGAGUCACUAUCAGUGCAUAUCUGUCCAGCAGUUCACCAUACCAGUCUAAGCUAUCAAGGAGAGUCUUUGACACUCUUCUACUCCAACGAAGCAAACUUCAGCAAUAUCUCCCCUCGAUCCUGGGAAGGCGCCUACCACACUUCUGAACUCCCAUUACUAUUUGGAACUUGGGAGGAUUACGGGGGCCCGGGAACAAGCUUUGAAGCUGCUGUAUCGGCGCACUGGCAGGAUCUAUACCUUGAAUUCAUGAAGGAUCCUGUUCAUGGGUUACCGAGGUAUGGAUGGCCUGCGUAUAGUCCUAAUGGCUCAGCGACAUUGAUGGGAGAAAAAGGGAGAGUGCUUCAGCUUAUGAAUAUUACCGUUCUUCAAGAUGGAUGUGCUGGGAUUCCAGAGACAUAUGACUAA